AUGGCAGAGAUUGACUUUUUAUCUGCUGAACUUGAAAAUGAUGAUGAGUGUAGAGACGAUGAAGCAGAAAGAUCCGACUUAUCGUCUCCGGAGAAAAAUAAUACCAAGUCUUCAGAUCAAUCGUCAAAGGAAUGGAUCUGUUCGGAGAAAAAAGAAGAGAUAACGACUCAAGAAACUGUCGAGAUUUGUCAGAAGACUGUCAAUCCGAAUAAUCGUGUUAAUGCUGAAAACUUCAAAAUUCAACGUGUCAUUGGCAAAGGAGGCUACGGAAAGGUUUUUCUAGUUCAGAAGGUUGAUGGCAUUGAUCAAGGAAAACUCUAUGCCAUGAAGGUUUUAAAGAAGGCCAGACUAGUGUGCAAUGAAAAGGAUAAGGCACACACUGUUUCUGAAAGGAAUAUCCUUGAAAUGUUACAGCACCCUUUCCUGGUGAAACUUCAUUAUGCUUUUCAAAAUCACUCCAACUUGUACAUUGUGCUAGAAUAUUGCCACGGAGGAGAACUGUUUAACUACUUGGAACGUGAAGGAGCUUUGUUAGAAAAUGCUGCGUGUUUUUACGCUUCUGAAAUUGUUCUAGCCAUUGGACAUCUGCAUUCGUUGGGUAUAAUCUACAGGGAUUUAAAGUCUGAAAAUGUGUUGUUGGACCGCCAGGGUCACGUAAAGCUUACUGACUUUGGGCUUUCAAAAGAGGGUGUGUGCACUACCAAUACAUUCUGCGGAACGAUUGAGUAUAUGGCCCCUGAAAUAAUCCGAUGUGAAGUCAUGGAAAAGCAGUAG